AUGAUGGAGGCUGAAGAUUCCGUCAAGGAUCACGAUUUCAUCGCUAUCUUUGAUGCCGACUUCAAGCCCGAGUCGAACUUUCUUAGGAAGACUGUCCCGUAUCUGGUGGAUAAUCCAAGAGUGGCAUUCGUCCAAGCCCGCUGGACAUUCGCAAAUGCAACUGAGACCGUUCUCACCAGGAUCCAAGAAAUCUCCCUGAACUAUCACAUCAAGUGCGAGCAAUUUGCAAGGUUCUCCACAGGCAAUUUUUUCAACUUCAACGGCACUGCUGGCGUUUGGCGCCGCGAAGCCAUGGAAGACGCAGGAGGCUGGAACAACAGAACAACCGUGGAGGACAUGGACCUAUCGUUACGUGCAUACUUGAGGGGGUGGAGAUUUAUCUUUCUGAACGAUGUCGUGAUUCCGCUCCUACAAAAGAUCUACCUGAACUUCUUCUUCUUCGGCACGCGCCUAUUUGCAACGCACAUUGUUUCAUUCGUCUUCUACUGCACACUGGUUCCCAUCUGCAUUCUUGCUCCGGAGGUAUCGAUUCCUUUCUGGGCACUGGUUUACGUUCCCGUUCUUGUGACGAUCUCGACGGUGAUCUUCACUCCAUGGUCCUGGCACUACGUAAUUCCAUUCGUCCUCUUCGAGAACGCCAUGUCCAUCGUCAAGCUGUCUGCGAUGAUCUCCGGCCUUCUGGACCUUCGAUCUUCUCAUAGUUGGGUCGUCACAACGAAGCUUGGCAAGUGGGUUGCUGACAAGCCGUUGAUCAAGAAGACGAAGCCCGGCGACCCCUUGUGGAUCCAGCACAACGGCACCGUCACCACUACUUUGCCCCUGGUUCACCCUGUUGCAAUUAGCCACACCGGCAACAAGAUCCAGCCGCUCCCGAAGGCACCCGUCAAGAAACCACGUCGCAAGGUGUACAAGCGCGAAAUCUGCAUUGCCAUCUUCAUCUUCGGAUCCGCGAUCUACGGCAUCUUUGUGGAGAGCCGCUGGCAGUACUCGGUCUUCUUGAUCCUUCAGAGCCUUACCUUUGCUGCCUUCGGGCUCAACCUCGUUGAUGCUCAAGCAUUUGAUACGGCCUGGUAA